CUUAUUCUUGCUCUUCAAACUCGUUUGAUGGUUUCAAACCAUAAUUUCAGUUUUGAUCUAUGCUUCUUCUUCUUCUUUGUUUACUUCAGAUUACAGAAUCUUCACAUUUCCCAUAAAUAAUGUUACUAUAAUUUACUUCAUUUGAAAACAAAAUUAGAAACCCUAGAUUAUUUAUUUAUACUGUAUUGUGUUUUUUUUGGUGAUGGGCUCAAAUCCUGUGGUUUUUUAUAUAAGCUCCGACGAGGAAGAGGUGACGUCGGAUCUGGAAGAGCCUAAAGGGGACGACUACGACUGGUUUUCAGAAGUUCUGAAAGCCGUUAACAAGGGAUUCGACGAUUCAGAUGAGGUGGUGGUGGUCGGGGAAGUUAACCCUAAUAAGAAGUCAAAAUCACGGAACUUAUCGGUCGAGAAGGAUUUUAAUGUAGAAGACGAUGAUUGUAUCGUUUUAGAAGGGGACCCAGAAAAGGUGGUGUCCGAUGUUAAUGAUAACCAUGAAGAUUCUGAUGAGUUGCUCGUUGUUGGUCAAAAAGGGCAGAUCGCAUGCAGAGAUUUCCCCCAUCCACGGCAUGAUUGUGCUAAAUUUCCUUUCAGUUCAAACUCACAUGAACAACAUUGUGAACUGUGCCAUUGCUUUGUUUGCGACAUGCGAGCACCAUGUUUUUAUUGGGGCUCGGGUAUCUCUAAUACCGAUCAUUGUCAUGCCACUGAUAAAGAGGAGAUUUGGAAGACUCUGCGGAAGAAUUUCAGGCUUGGGAGAAAUGUUUCUGCACAUCCUGUCACCUCUCAUUCUACAGUAGUGCCCCAACUUAACCAAGCGCCACGCCAAGACAUUAUUCGAUUGACAACACAAAAUCAUGUUUCUAGACCAACUCCUACUGUCAUUUCUCCUUCUACAGUAGUGCCACCACAAAAUCAUGUUUCUAGACCAACUCCAGUUCAAGCCUCUGGGAGCUGCAUACCACAAAAUCAUGUCUCGAGGCCAUCCACAAUCCGUGCUUGUUCCUCAUCCACCAGACAUGGGAUUCCAUAUAACACAAGUGUGGGUGGUCGACAUGUUCGAAAUAAAAGCAUGGUUCAGUCACGUUCAGUUUCGCAGGAGGUUCUAGGCGUGCGUAAUACUGUAAUUCGAAGGGAUCGGGGCAUUAAGAUUGGGAACUUGAGUUCCCAAUUUGUCUCUUCCAACACAAUGUCCAAAAGACUUGACACGGAAGUUUCCUCAACAGUGUACCACGCCCCAUAUGUUCCAUCUGAAGAUAUUUCUUCUGUUCGUGCAUCAAGGUAUCAACAAAAUCCUGCUUCAGUUACAACAUCAAACGAAGGGAACACAAAUCCUAUUGACUGGCCAAAAAAUUGUUCAAACACAAGUUUAGAAACAUAUACACACCAGAUCUCCUCACGGCCGAGUACGGAUUGUGUUUUUAUGAACUCAGCACCAUCUUUAUCCUCAGGAAACAAUUGGCAUGUUCCUCAGUCAAAUGUACAUGAAGAUAUCAAUCAAGUUCAGAAUCGAAAUCGUCUGGCAACACAUGAUGGUUUCUCAGGUCUUGACAUUAGUUGGGUGGAGGACAUCGGUCAAAGUAAUCAGCAACCUCCUGCUGAUUAUUUACAGCACACCUCAGGGACCACAAUGGGAGAAGAACCAUUCAAAGUAAACGAGGGAGAUAACUCCUAUUACAAUGAGCUCGAGAGCAUCCUUUUGGAUAGCCAUUGUACUCCAGAAGGGUCUCUUAAUGCACCGUCUCCUCUUGGUCAUAUAUCUUUCGAUACUGGUAUGCUUUUCUUUGAUAUUGAAAACGCUUGGGAUCAUCAAACUCGCGCAUAGCGGAUUUGCAUUUGCUUGUGCACACUCUAAAGAAGUAAUCUGUUCCUUACACGACAGCAGCAGACCCUGAAAGAGAAGUGAUCCGUAGGUUGCUGCUUUGCAGAGGGGAACUUGGACCUCAGAACUUAGUUUAAUUAGUUCAUUCAAUCAUAUUGAAUGUAUGAUUCCCAGUAGUUUCAAUUU